AUGAGUGAAGUGGAAUUGGAUGGCCUCCCGCUCAGGAAGGAUGCCCUCAAACAUCUCGGUCUUCCUUUAGAGAUAAUCAAUGGAUUUAUCGGCAAAAUCAGUCUUAAGAUCCCUGUCUAUCGACUGAAGAGUGAGCCGUGGGUUAUAUCUAUCGAUGAGCUGUAUUUAAUUGGUCGACCCAUCACUGACUUUAGUUAUAACGAAGAAGAAGAGGCGAAGAGCGAACAGGACCUGAAGAUCAGUCAAUUGGAUUCAAUAGAGUCGCGUUGGAAAGCAAUACACGAGUCGACUGAGAAGGAGUCGCAAUCAUAUUACGCCUCGUCUUACCUCUCGUGGCGUAACUAUGGCUCCAAUUUUGUGAGUAAUAUCAUUGAAAACGUUCAGUUGAAGAUCAGAUCCGUUCACAUCCGAUAUGAGGACAGCUCGACAAUAGCCGGCAUUCCAUUUGCGGCCGGAAUUAUCAUUAAGAAUCUGUCGGCGCACUCGACGGAUGAGAAUUGGGUGCCGAAGUAUGUGACACGAGAUAACUCGGAAUACAUGAGAAAACUGUUAGAACUCGAAGGCUUUAGCGUCUAUUGGGACACAAAUACACAACUUUUCAGUCAUUUGGAUUUGCAGGAAAUGGUGACUAAAAUGCGUCAGCAUUUGGACAGCGGGUGUGAUAUGAACGGAGCCCCUGUGGAUCACGAGUACAUUCUGGCGCCCGUAAGCGGUAAGGCUUUUCUCAAACGCAACUGUUCUGAGAAGCCGUUAACGUGUCGAGCAGUGCCACGAACUGUGAUUGACCUGCAGUUGGAUCAGGUGCCAGUCCUUCUCACUGCCAUUCAGUACAAACAUAUUAUGGAGUGGAGUAUUGCCUUCAACAGAGCCAACACUGUUUGGAAGUAUAGGAAAUGGCGGCCAAAUGUGUCGCCGAUCGGCAAUUCAAAGCUCUGGUGGAAGUUUGCGAUCGACGCCAAUAUGCGAGCCUAUAGGGAGAGGCGGAGGCGUCGGGACUGGACUUUCAUUCUUAAUAGAUCGCGAGAUAUUGUCAAGUAUUGUGAGUUGUAUUGCAUUCAUCUCUUACAUCCCGAAAGUCUGACUCGAGAUAUGAGAUUAGUUAAGGAAAGGAUUGAAUACGAGCUCUCGUUUGAAGAGAUUUGUUGUUUGCGUGAAAUAGUGUUUUCCAAAUGUGAUAUCAGUGAACAAAACAGUGACAUUCAGACAUCGAGUGAACAUUAUUUAUCGCUCAACUAUUGGUUUCCCAAUUGGUAUAAUAUACCAAAUGAUAAAAGUGAGACCAGUAGUAGUGAUGCCGAGCCCGACAUCAGUGAUAAAGUGAACGGUUUGAGUGUAACGGAUGUCGCGACUCAUAACUCGGUGACCAACUUCUCGAGUAUUGACGAUAUAUUUGUGACCAGAGAUGCCGUUUUCGGUCAAUUGAACUUUUCAAUAACCAACGCCUCGUUUGCUUUAAUGACAUUUUCAGACAAUCCUUCUUCGCCUACAUUUGCUUCCGAGAAAUUGAUGAAUAAUUUAAUGGAAUUUGAGUUUUCAAACGUCAAAAUCGGUGUCGAAAUCUGUAAUUCAAAUCUGUGUGACUAUGAAUCCAACACUUGUACUGAUCUCGUGUUUCGGACACAAAAGUCUAUUCCAAGUGCCGAAGAGACCAGUAUUCAAAUGAAUCUACUUUUUGAGUGCCAUUAUCUAAAUCUUGUUCUAUUGAGGACUAAAAGUGCUAUCAUUGCUGAAAACGACGCCUCAAAGCUGGCGACCGCUUCUCUCAAUGGCUGUCAAAUCAAAAUCAAAAUCGCUUCAAACGAGUUGGGAAUUGAUGGACAACUCGACGGCUUACAGGUCAUAGACCUCGUCACAGAUCAGACUAAUAACAAACACAAGCGUGUCGUUAGUAUUGGUCGCCAGAUAUCACUCAAUGAUUCCGUUAGAGAACAGAAAGCCUUUAAAUUAACUAUAAAUGAGAGCUUAGAUGAAGAAAAGGCGCUCUUCUUUUCGAUUCGUCGACUUUUUGGUGAAAAUAUACUGAAAGUAAACGUCGAAAUGGCAUCUCUUUGUUACGUCCACUCCAAUCGAUUGGUCUACGAGUUGGCCCUCUGUUUGCAAAACAUCAAAAAAUAUAUGACUGUCUUCUCGGAGAGAGUGAAGGCCGCGGCCACUGAAGUCGCCUUAGGAAUCGUAACGAAGACUAAAUCUGUUUCGACCCUUCGGUCAAGAGUUUCGUCGGCUUUCAUUGAGGACUUCCGACUGAACGUGUAUUUGCAAACUCCAGUCAUAAUACUGCCCACAUGUCCAUCAAGUUAUGAAGUAAUGGUCGGCCAUUUGGGGCACAUAUCACUCAAAAACCACAUCUGUUCUGAUUAUCGACACCUAAAGAAUGGUAAUAAAAAUCACGUGAUAUCCGCCGAGAUUCGUGACCUGAGUCUCUAUUCUCUCGACUGUUCGAAGAAUAUUAAAAAAGGCAAUCAUUUGAUGAGUUUGAAUGUGGAAGAGCUCUAUUCGUGCAAACCUUUCGGUAUAUCUAUAUUACAGGAAACUAUUAUCGAAAUCAGUGUCGAAAAUAAAGACAUCGCACCGAAGACUGACAAGUCUGUGGACGAGUCGGGUUUGAAUGCCGUCACAUCUGUUGCCGACUUGAAUGCCACCAAAUUCUCAGUGAAUGCAUCAAAGUUUCACAACACACACAAAGAAUUGGUUCUAACGCUUGACAUACCAAACAUCAAUUUCCGUCUCUCCUAUAACGAUAUGCUUAUGUUUUGGCACAUUAUUAACUCGAUAUCAUAUAAUCCAUACAAUGAAACUACGGGUGAGAAAUCUAAUAGUCGUUCGCCAGAUGUGUACGCGUUGUCGUCGAGUGUUAGACAACUGGAAGCGUUGGGAUUUGUUCACGAAGACUGUGUUCGAGCACUGGGUAUAUGCGGUGGAGAUAUCAGUGAAUCUGCCAUUUGGUUGACUCGAAAUGCCAAAUAUAAGUGGGAAAAAGGCGGUGAAAAUGUUAACAAUAACAGUCUCGUCAGAACGCGUUCUCAAAACCAAUCGCUUUACUCGAGUUUUUCCAUAAUCGAAGUGCGGAUACAAAACGGAACACUUUGUUUGAUCGAUGAUUGCAAUGAAACCGAUGUUCCGCUUCUGGAACUAAACACCAGUGACUUUCGACUUAUGCAACACAACACUGAACCCAUUUUGGAGGGAUUCUCUGAAAUGACAUUUUCCUGUGAUUACUUCAAUAGAGCGCUCUCGGGUUGGGAGCCAUUCAUCGAGAAAUGCAAAUUCCAGUUGACAUGGAAUUGCAUCGAACGGCCCAUUCAUAUAAAGACAUUGGAUUCGCACAAAAAGAAGAUUUCCUUUCAUUUUGAUGUCAAGAAUAUGUUUAAUAUUAAUAUAACCAAUAAUUUUGCCGAACUUAUUGUAAACGUGAGCCAAUCCUGGAUUCAAGACAUCAAGAAUUUUGUGAAUAUGUCGCCCACGAAGAGGACAUUCCGUCACAGAACGCCAUUCAUUCCCUACGCCAUCAAGAAUGAGACGGGAUGUCGACUCAAGUUUCAUUUAAUCAAAGACUCGCAUCAGUCCAACACUAUUUACGACCAGAAAAUGACAAACUCUUGCGAUAACUCCGAUUCAAUUGAUUCGGAAAUCAAUUGGAUUUGUGUCGAACCGAACGAAACGAUUCCUUUUAGUUUUGAUUUAAUUUCUAAGAUUCUGACCAAAACGAGACACAGCGACUCACACGUGGAAAAGGCCCACAAAAUAGUUGUGGUCGUCGAGGGCUGGAAAGCCGUAUUUCCCGUAACCAUCAACAGAGUUGGCAUCUAUUUCCGAGAGGCCAUGUCUCAAGUGUUUAUUAAUCAAACGGCAAGAAUUGUUUUCUCAAUAGAUUUGGAGCCAAAAUCGCGUAAAUUAGUUACCAUUCGUUCGGCUCUUCUUAUCUCAAACAAAACGUCGAAUGCAAUUGAACUCAAAUUUCAAAACACGACAGAAAGUUUGUAUAUAAACUCAAACGCAACAAUUCCGGUGCCCUUACGUCUGGUGCGACACAAAGUACAGGUGCGUCCGUGCGAUGUGGGGGUCAGUACGUGCGCCACUCCUCUCAAUUGGGAACACGUGCGCCGAUGUAGUGAAACGAGCAGUGAAUUACAGGUUUGCACUCCUAUUACAGUGACUCGCAAUCAUCAGCACUCGUCCUAUUCGACCGCUUCUUCCUAUCGAUACUGUGUUUUAGUCGAGAGAAACAGAUUUCCGUUGGAUAUCUCACCGCAAGGUUUGGGUUUGCAGUCAUACAAAGCACAACCGGCGCACACUAUCACUCUUGUGCCGCCCCUACAACUCGCAAAUCUAUUGCCAUAUGAACUCAGGUUUUACAUAUCGGGCACAUCAGUCAUCGGAACCAUCAAAUCAGGCGAAGACGUGUCCAUUCAUUACGUGAAUCCGUUGGACUCGUUUACCAUCGAAUUCUCGAUCGAGAAUUAUCCCAAAUGCAAGCCUUUAAUCAUAACUCCGGGCGCCACUCGUGAUUACGUAACACAUUUGGAUUUGUUUGACAAUUACAACCGUUUGCUUGUUCUACACGUAUUGGUCUCAAUGGUGAACGGCUCGACCUCAGCGCUUGUCAUCAAUAUAUACUCUCCCUAUAUAUUCAUCAACAAAACAGGACUUCCAAUAAUUGUUCGACAAGAGGGCGCUUCAGAAUCUUCGGGACAAUUGCCGGAACACGAGAUCGCGCGAAGCAUUUCUCCCCUAUUGUUCUCCUUCUCAGAACCCGACUCUUCGCACAUGUGUUCACUACGGCUCGGAAAGUCGAAAGGAGUGAACACUCGUUGGUCGACACCUUUCUUCCUGGAAAAGGGAAUAUGUUUUAGGAGUUUAAGAGUCGCACAAAAUGAGUCCCAAAAAGCGGAUAAAGUGUUUGAGUUUGGAAUUGACAUAAGGAAUGGUAGCGAUCGGUAUCGCGACACACGUAUUGUGACGAUAACACCGCGCUAUCAGAUCGAGAAUUUGAGUUCUUAUCGGUUAGAAUUGGCCCAAAAGUGCAUGACUUGUCGCCAAUCGAAAGAGCCCGACCAACGCAUCAGCAUUUUGGCCAAAUCUAAUAUAGCGUUUCAUUGGCCGCGAACCGAUAGGGACCGUCUACUAUGCGUACGAAUCGCAACCCUUUCCAACUGUUUCUGGUCGGGAGGUUUCGCUGUCGAGCCCUCGACUUCAUUCCAUCUGAAUAUUCGCGAUGAGAACCGAAAGUCACAUUUCAUUCGCGUUGAGAUUCUCCUACAGAGCGCCACAUUCUUCGUAGUGUUGACGGACGCCAACAAUCUUCCGCCGCCAAUACGUAUUGAAAACCUGUCACACGUUUCCAUUGACUUCUUUCAGACCAACACCACUCACGCGCAUAUGAAGACACUCAUGAGACCCAAUACACAGCAGUCGUACGCUUGGGAUGAGUCCACUUUGAAGCCUCACAUCACUGUGAGAGCGCCGGGAGGUUCUGUUUCGACGUACGAUAUGAUGAGUUUAGCGCCCGGCGAUCACUUGACUUAUGAGAACUUUAUUUAUAUCGCUUUUAACGCCACGUUUGGCGACGAAGAGUCAGACGACGAGAAAGUGACGGUCAGCUCCCAGUUUGUGAGGGACGGCAUUAAAAGGCAGUUAGUAUUGGAUGUGAUCGAAGGCACAAAUUUAAUAGUUUUGGCGCCAAAAGAAAGGGGAAAGAGAUCACAGUUAUGGCGAGUGGACAGCUCUAAGAGGAUCAUACAUGAAGGCUCUUCACCACCGGUUGAUCCAAACGAUUCAAAAAGAUUAGCGUUUCAUAAAACCAACAAAAACUCUCUGGUAUUAGACAUCGCCAACAUGUGUGCAAUUCCGGGAGAAUUCACUCCUUUAAUGCUGCGACAAAUUGACCCAAAACGAGCUCUGACACAGACGUGGACUUUCACACCCGACGGUCGCCUGUGCUGUCAAUAUCCCAAUCUAUGCGUUCAGGCGAGGGAUGGUAUAAAAGGUCUACGAAUUGGAGAGAAGGUUGUGUUGGGUUUGAACCGUACGGAUCCAUUAGUAGCUAAUAUGACUCCAAUAGAGCAGUCAAUCAGUUGUAGGAGAAUGAGAAAAGGUUCGGGUGUUCUGUCGGUCUCUGUGUUGGCUGACGGGCCGACCCGUGUAUUGAAGAUUAAUGACGUCAAGAAUAGGGACAGAAUUUCGACGACAAGUAAUUCUCAGCUUAAGAUUGAAGACAAGGAAUACGAACGCAAAGGAUUUCUUCGAAACAUUGAAUUAACCUUUUUAUUUACGGUCGAAGAGAUCGGUCUCUCUGUAAUCAAUCACUUAAACGAAGAGUUAAUUCACGUUUACUUUCAAAACUCUAUAUUCGACUUUAAUGUCAAUUCAGACGAAUGUGAUUUCAAUACAUCGAUUCAAAACAUUCAGGUCGAUAAUCAAAUGAGAGGAGCCGAGAAAGCGGUGAUUCUUCAAGUAAACCCUGCCAUCAAUAGCGUUCAAUUGCCAGCCAUUUCUUUGUCAACUCAAAAACAGUUUGUGUCUAACGUUGAGGCAAAUGUUUUUAAGAAUUUUCAAAUUUCCAUCAAAGAUAUGAUAUUCAAUUUGGAAGAGAUUCUGCUGCUCAAGAUCUUAGAAUUCUUAAAAUUUGAUACAUUGGUGGGCGAAAUGGAUCAAAUCCAGAACCACGAGAACACAGCCGCCAAUCGGGCCUUCUCUUCGGUUUUGGCCAAAUCUUCGCGCUAUUACUUCACUAUAUUUCUGAUACAGUUAUCUCAAGUGAAACUCAGUGUCUUCACAACCAGUCAUUUGCCCGCAAUCUAUAACAAACUGAAGAAGAAAUUAGGCAUUAAAUUGAUUCGUUUCGAAGAAGCGAACGUUCAAUUGUCGCCAUUCAAGAAAGUCUACUCAUUGAUGACCAAAAACUUUUUAUUUGACUCCAUUUACAGUCAUUAUAGAGCGGAGCUUAAGAGUCAGGCGGCGAAGAUCUUGGGAUCCGUUGACUUCUUAGGCAAUCCAUUGGGUUUCAUGAACGACGUGACCGAUGGCCUCAAUGAGCUCAUACAUGACGGUAACUUUGGCGGUCUUAUAAUGAACGUGGCUCACGGCAUAUCCGACUCCACCGCUAAAGUCACGUCCAUUCUAUCGGACAGUUUGGGUGUCGUAACUAUGGAUCAAAGGCAUCAAGAGAUGCGCAAACGGAUUAAACAGGAAAGCAAUAGUCAUUUAUCUACCGGUUUUAAGGGUCUGGGCGUUGGUCUUCUGGGAGGCGUCACCAGUAUUAUCACUCAGACCUAUGAGGGCGCUGUCAAAGAGGGUGUGUCCGGAAUAUUCUUUGGUUUAGGCAAAGGAUUGGUCGGAACCAUAACUAAACCGGCGGUCGGAAUGUUGGACUUCGCUUCGGGCGCCGCCAGCGCUGUGCGGGAGACGACACGAAAGGUAUCGACGAAUCAUAAUUAUGUUAUGGGAAGGCGUCGUCCGCCGAGAGUUAAUUCAAUAAACGGUUUAAUACUUAAAUACGAGAGAAAUCAAGCGGAAGGACAGGAAUUCUUCUACAAUUGCGGUCUAAUCAACGACAGGGAAGAAUUCGGCGAAUCGAUUGAACAUAAGAUUGAGUCAACCAUUGAAUUCGAUACACUCGACACGUGUAUCGUUUGGAGCAAUAAAUCCGGUUUUAUCACCAAUUCUACCGACUAUUAUGUGGUCGCCAUUAGAAGUAAUACCAAAUUCACUGAAAUCGCGCAAACGAUUACAAUGAGUCCCAAAUAUUUAUGUGAUAACGAAGAGACGGCUAAUAAUAUAUGCCAUCAAAUCAAUUAUGUCAAACACUCGCACGAAGAAAAGAAAUAUUUUAUUACCAGUUCCUAG